UCCUCCUCCAGCACCGCCAGACACACUGUCGCUUCUGUGUCGGCACUCGCCCAGUGAUUACCCUCCCCCCGUCAUUAUCCCUCUCGAAGUGGGAGGCGUAAGUGAGACUCGAACGGAGCAUUCGAGGACGUGUUCUCUCUCUCCUCCAGCUGCAGUGGAGUGCGCAGUAGCAGUCAACUCUCCUCUUGGAAUCGCGCGAGUCGCGGUGCUUACGAGAAUCAACUCUUGCGUCGACGAACAGACAGCGAAGGAAGCAACGGCUGCAGGUCACCCACCAUGUAUCCGACAAUGAUGGAAUCGAUGCCGGUCUCCUAUGCAAGUACGAUGGGCGGGAUGAUGGGCCACUACUUCGGGGGCGGCAGCGCUGCAGCCAUGGGAGUAGGUGCGGGCGUUGGUCAGCUGCCUACAGCGCAUCACAGCAGCCCUCAUGUCCAACAACAGGCGACGCAGCAGCAGCCAACACCGCAACAUGAAUCCAGCAACGUAUUGCAACAGCAGGCAACUCACGUGACAUCGCAUGCGUCUGCGCAAAACGCCCCAGACACUCUGACAACAAGCCAUCCUCACCUUCGGCAGGCUGCCCUAGUUACUCCUGUAUCAACGCCUUCCCCUGCGGAUUCCACGGCGUCUGGGUGUUCCCCAAGUGGGUCUGCGCAGAAGAAAGAGAACGGACCCAAGGAUGAUCAUAUAAAACGACCAAUGAACGCAUUCAUGGUUUGGUCUCGCAUGCAAAGACGCAAGAUUGCGCAGGAAAAUCCCAAGAUGCACAAUUCCGAGAUCUCCAAGAGGCUGGGAGCCGAAUGGAAACUCCUUACCGAGGCUGAGAAGCGCCCUUUCAUAGACGAGGCCAAAAGGUUGAGAGCUCAGCACAUGAAAGAUCACCCAGAUUACAAGUACCGACCUCGCAGGAAGCCCAAAACCCUCAAGAAAGACGGAUAUCCUUACAGCAUCCCCUACCCAGCCGUCUCCAUGGAUCCUUUGAGAGGAGGUUUCCCUUCGCAGCUUUCUCCAUACUACUCUGCCAGCGCAGCGGCGGCUAACUAUGGUUCAAUUACUGCUGCACAUAUGGCAGCUGCUGCUGCCGCUGCAGCUGCAGCACAGCAACAACUUUCCUCCCAGACUUCGCAGUCGAGUCCAGUCGGCUAUGGUUACGAUGCAACGAAGUACAGCAGUUACAUGAGCAGCUCUUCCAGUUACCCAAUGAGCAUGUACGGAUCAGCCAGUGACCCAGCCAAAUACGGAGACGCAAGUAAAGCGGCCGCAGCCGCAGCUUCCGUUGCAGUGGGAGGGUACGAGGCAGCUAAAUCCUACUUGGACAGUGGUAAAUACUUGUCGGAUAAGUACGGUUUGGAGAAGUCUUCUAGCUCUUAUCUCGACAAGGCUUCCCAGGAACCUAAAGAUACGGAAAUGAAAAGUGCGUCUCCUGGUGUUGCAAGUGUCAAUCCAAGCCCCAUCAGCGGAUACGGAUCCGCUGCCGGCGCCCUCAGCAACUACUACAGUCAAGCUGCCGGCACUUCGGCUUUUCAGCCUUCAGGAGCAUUGAGUCAGGGCGUGCCCUCGACGAUGGCCGGUCUUCUGCAACCCUCUCAGGUCGUCUCUUACACAAACUCCCAGUACCCACCUGUAGGAGCCGAUUAUAGGAGGCCCUUAUCCGUCAUUUUUUAGAUUGUCCAGUAUAAGUAUAUAGAUAAAUAAAUUUAAAAACUAAUGAGCUGAUGCCAGGUGACUCAGUUUAGACAUCUGGGGAUAGCUUAGUAGAUUUCUCCCCCCCUUCUUGUUUUUGUAAAUAUCUAGUCAUGGGGGUACCUGUACAUAUGUAUAUAGGGGCAUGUUAGACGUCUUUCACUUCCAGUAUUUAUGCAAGUGCCUGGGUGUUGCCGUUAAUCUUGUUGGUUCUUGUUUUGAUGCUUGCCAGUUCUUGUUAGGUGGGGAAGUUGUACCUGGGAGGUCGACCUCAUUCAUCCUCAUUCAGUGUCAAAGGUCAAGUUAACUGUGUUAGGUGGACUCAUCACUAGAAUCUGGGAUUCAUAUGUAAUUCAUAUGUAAUAAAAAUCCAUGGACUUUGUUCGGCCUCUGUCAAGAAUUCUCUUAAAGUUGGCCUGCACAGGGACGCCAGGGAAAAAUGUAGCCAGAUAUUUUUAUGUAUCCUUUUCAUAUGUUUUUAUUCAGCGUGUGUCCUAUAUUUGGAAAUGAUUAAUUUUAUUAAAUGAUUUUAAGUCCUGAAGGGAUCAUCCCUGGAAGGAUCAAUCGCCCUGCAAAGGUUCAUAAGUUGUGGGCGUGAAAGCUCCGCCCUCUGCCCAGUAAUGUUCCUAGACCACCUUCCAUUACCUGUUCAGCUGUCAAGAUAAUUGGAUGAACUUCACAGCUGUGGCAACGGGUUCUCAUGUAGUUAUAUAUUUAAUAAAAGUAAACUGAAACGUUA